AUGAAAUAUCAGCUCUCAGAACCUGCAAAACUUUCAUUUACCAGUUCUGAGCUAAACCUACUGUUCAUUACCUGCAACUACUCAUAUUGUGCUAAUCCUGCAGCAGCAGCCCGUCUGCGACAGGCGAGAACUGCCAAAUAUGCCAUACUUGAUCAAGCGAUCACAGUGGACUACAACUCUCAUGACCUGCAGCAGAUAACUGGGAGGAAUUCGAGUCCUACAAUAGGCCCUCACCAACCUUCUUUAACUUCUACUUGGAAGAAACCAAACUCAACAUUAUGGAGUGUUCGAUUCGUAAUCAAUAAAAUUGAAACCACAGCCAAUGUUGAAUAUUGGAGAAAGAACUUCGUGAUUCUAAAGAAGAAAGCAAUUGAAAUUAGCUUUCAAAGAGAUCAUUGGCAGCCUGAUAGAUACCACUGA